AUGGAGGUGAAGGUGGAGGCAGGAAGAUCAGAAGUUCAAAACCAUCCUUGGCCGCUCACGGCCACGAGUCGAACAGGUUCACCUGAAAAGAGGGCUGGGACUGAAAGGGAGACGGAGGAUACAACACACUCAGGGGAAAUUGGCACCAAGAAAAAGGUGAAAAGACUGUUAAGUUUCCAAAGAUACUUCCAUGCAUCUAGGCUUCUCCGAGGGAUUAUACCGCAGGCCCCCCUCCACCUGCUGGAUGAAGACUACCUUGGACAAGCAAGGCAUAUGCUCUCCAAAGUUGGAAUGUGGGACUUUGACAUUUUCUUGUUUGAUCGCUUGACAAAUGGGAACAGUCUGGUAACUCUAUUGUGUCACCUCUUCAACUCCCAUGGACUCAUCCACCAUUUUAAGCUCGAUAUGGUAACCUUACACAGGUUUUUGGUUAUGGUUCAGGAAGAUUACCACGGUCACAACCCAUACCACAAUGCUGUUCAUGCAGCUGACGUCACCCAGGCCAUGCACUGUUACCUGAAGGAGCCAAAGUUGGCAAGCUUCCUCACACCUCUGGACAUCAUGCUUGGACUACUGGCUGCAGCCGCUCAUGACGUGGACCAUCCAGGAGUGAACCAGCCAUUUUUGAUCAAAACUAACCACCACCUUGCCAACCUGUAUCAGAAUAUGUCUGUGCUGGAGAAUCACCACUGGCGAUCGACAAUCGGGAUGCUUCGGGAGUCACGGCUUCUUGCUCACUUGCCAAAGGAAGUGACACAGGAUAUUGAACAGCAGCUGGGCUCCCUGAUCUUGGCCACAGACAUCAACAGACAGAAUGAGUUUCUGACCCGCUUAAAAGCUCACCUCCACAAUAAAGAUUUGAGACUGGAGAAUGUACAGGACAGACACUUUAUGCUUCAGAUUGCCUUGAAGUGUGCUGACAUUUGCAAUCCUUGUCGAAUCUGGGAGAUGAGCAAGCAGUGGAGUGAAAGGGUCUGUGAAGAAUUCUACAGGCAAGGUGACCUUGAACAGAAGUUUGAACUGGAAAUCAGUCCUCUUUGUAAUCAACAGAAAGAUUCAAUCCCUAGCAUACAAAUUGGUUUCAUGACUUACAUCGUGGAGCCACUGUUCCGGGAGUGGGCCCGUUUCACUGGUAACAGCACCCUGUCCGAGAACAUGCUAAGCCAUCUCGCGCAUAACAAAGCCCAGUGGAAGAGCCUGCUGUCAAAUCAGCACAGACGCAGGGGCAGCGGCCAGGACCCGGCUGCCCCCACACCUGAGACCCUGGAGCAGACGGAAGGUGCCACGCCCUAAGAUAGCGGUCUGCUGGAGCGCGGCCAUCUGUCCGUCCACAGAAGCACGGCCAUCCGUCCGACUGCCCUCGCAACAAGCCCACCAUGCUGGGUUUCGAUGCCACCCACCUGCCACUUACCGCCUCCCUUCGUUGAUCCAAGUGUACAAAAGCCAUUGUCACCUCAGCAUUAGCUGCCGACAUGGGCAGCUCUAUACUGUCAUUGGAGCUGAUUCUGGGGUGGCUGCCCCAACCGAAAAGACUGGAAGUAAGAAAGGGGCGCUUCUGUCGUGUCUGCCUCUGGCCCUUGGUCAGGCUGACUGACAGUGGCUCCUAAGUCCAGAGCAUUUUUAGAGUUCGCCAUCGGACAGCUGACCUGCAUGACACCAGCAUACUUGGAACUGCAAGAUUGAUCUUACGUGCCAGAGCACAAACGAGAGUGUGAGAGAAAGUACCUUCUAUUUUAAUAAUAAUUAUUAUUAUAAAAUAAUAAAUCUUUUUAACUUUUAUAUUUCAUGCACCAGAGAAUGGGUCUAAAACUUUGGACUAAGAAUACUCAGCGUACCCAAGCCUAAGAGUGGUUUCAUUGUUUUGCUAUUGACUUUAUGCCACGUUGGGUCAGAGAUGUGGCACCUUUGCGAUUUACGAAACCACGUGUCCCCUCCCAUGGGUGGACGGUGCUGUACAGCUCAUCUCUGUUGCACCAUUAGCCAAUCUGUCUUUUACGGAUUCAGUGACCUGUUUAUAUUCACACGUGUACAUUUUCUGUAAAUACCUAACGCUACUGAUUCCCAUGCCAAAAUACACGAGUAUUAUGGGAUUGCUACCUGUAUAAACAAUGGCACUGUGAACAGAAUAUUGUUAGUUUUAAUACAAAAGAAUGCAUUUGUAAAUAUGGUAUAGAGUUUAUUAAUAUACUGUUGUUCGCAGAUAAAGGCCUUAACUUUAAACGUUUUUCCUCUUCCGAAAGCUGCCCAACCUAAAUCCUUCCAGAUGUCUUUCUGAACUGCCUGCCCUUGGUGACCACCUCUGCUUUACUGCUAAGGUCACAAGUCAAAACUGAGUACCGUCUUGAAGGAAACUGUUUUUUAGAAACUUCUCGUGCAUCGAGACCACAGUUUUAAUCUAUAGCACCAAGUACGGUUUCCUCAGAUUAGUGAUCCCCUUCCAGCGCAGCAAUGUUGCACACAGUUUUAACAAACUGGCUGAUAAGCCUGUGUUUAUGUAACUCCUGUUAUGGAACACGGAGUACAUCAGCCUCACAGAAAACACAGCAGGUUUCAAAAGUCUUGUAUGACCCUGUCACCUAACCAUCAGGGAACUUCCUGUCCCCAUGCCAUGCAUUUGUCUGAUAUGGCUACAAUACCAAAGUCCCUUUGGUCCGUGGUCAGUUGGUGUGUGCUUCUUUGGUGUUGAUAGUAACUGGAUUAUUUCCUUUUUUCUAGAGUUUCAUGUGAACAACUGCUUAGCUGAAUUUAAUAUUAAGUAAAGAAGCUAUUUCAGUUUUAUAAGGGACUUUAGCUUUCUAGCAGGUUGAUGUGGUUCAUUAUGGCUGCAGCUAGCAGAGUCAGCUUGGAACUGUCAUCCAUCUGCAGAUACUUGGCUGUAAAAUCCAGCAUUACAGCAUUCUUACUCAGCCAAACUGUGCUUUGAGCCUUUUCUUCAUGAGUUCUAGCAUAAUUAAUGUUAUAUGGAAACUGCCAAUGCUCCUUUCUCUUUACCUUAACACGUAGUGGGAGAGGGGAGCAUUUCUGCCAUGAUAAAGCCGCUUCUCAAGCUGAUAGCAACAGCUAGCUCUUACUUCCUAAGUGCAACUAAUGUGGGGCUCUCUGUUUCUCCUAAUAACACAAGUGAAACGUCAAAACUGUGCCUGUCCCGGAAUAUGUUUCCACAGAGAGAUUGGGGCUUACAGAGUUAAGGUUGUGGAGGGAAUAGGAAAGUUGAUUAUAUUGUCACUAGUGUAAGCAAGACUGUCAGAUGGGACUAAAGAAAGUCUGAAGAAUUGGUGAGGUGGGUGGACGGCGCUGACGUCACUGAUAGGAAGGGAAGUUUUGGACACUGAGCACUAACUUCUGAUUUCUGAAGCAUCUAUGGACUGACAUAUAUUUCCUUAUUGUUAUUCUGAAGCUCUGAGCUUAAGCAAGGCCUCACAUGAGAAUACAGCAGAUAGAGUCCUGCUUUGAAACCUCUCUCAUUUUGGAUUGUAGCCGUCUGUUUUUAUGCAUAUGAGAUCAAAUCAAGGAGAUCAAUUGCUCAGGAUGACAAAAAUAGAAACAGUAAAGCAAACAUUGUUUUGAGCCAAUGGAGUCUCUACCUGGAGUUUAGGAAGUAGAUUUUGCUUAAGUUAUAAUUAUAUUAUAAUUGAAUUAUAGAUAGAGCAUUCUUGAUAGUUCCAGGUUUAUAGGGGAAAGGUUUUCAUCAUGUUCUAAUCGAGUCUUAAAGAGGAGUCAAGCAAUGGAAACUAUCAAACAUCUAAUGGUUAAAAUACAAAAAUAAUAAAAAUCAGAAGUAAGGCAGAGCCUGACUCAUGAGGUAGACGCAUCUGCGAUUUCUACUGUCUGGAAACUUCUUGAGCUCCUCAUUUGUUGAGAAAAAAAAAUUAACUGUGAAAACUCUUCUUUUUUGCCUGCUAAUGGCUCUCUUGGAAUAAUUUAAUACAGGCUAUCUACUAAGUAGUGGAGACACGGCCCCUGACCCGGGUGUCGAUAUAAAGUCUUUAAAGUCUGCUGGCCCAGCUAGCUCAUGGCUCAUCAAUUGAUGACUUAGAAAGAAAGGAUUCAAAGAACUACUUUCUUAGGUAAGAUAUCAAGAUCUCAGAGAAAAAGAGAGAGAGAAAGAGAGAGAGAGAGAGAGAGAGAGAGAGAGAGAGAGAGAGAGAGAGAGAAAGAAAUAUGAAUACAUCACUAUCAGGCCUGAUGAUCAAAGCCUACCUUUCUUUGUAGCCAUCCAAUCCGCAGUCAGACCUGAUACCUGAAACCCUGCCAACUCAGCCCUGUUAGGUUAAGUACACCAGUUGUUGCUCCUCUCCCUGCUUACAGCCUCCCUCCUUUAAACGGCCUUGGAGCUCACAUGCAGCCCCAUCUUCAAAGAGUCCUUCUGUAACACACGGAGCUUUGUGGCCUUUUGUGUUGAAUCAGAUCUGCUCACUGACGCUGACUUGGUUAUGAGCUUGGAUUCCUCCUGCUUUGUUCUUUUAAGACUGUAAAAUUGUGUCAUCUUGUGUACACAUGUAAAGUUUAGGGGAAAAAAACAUUGUGAGUUUUGCUCAAAAUGUGGCCUAAAUAUUCAUUGGCAUGUCUAUCCAGAUGAACAUUUAAAAAUAAAGAUAAUUUCUUUAAAAUA